UCUCUCCAAACAGAACUAAUGAAUUGACAAGUCCACUCGGACUCGGCCCGAACUUCAUCCACUCUAUAAAAAAACCUCAACUUUUUCUCCUCUCUUUGCUCGCCUCUUCCUCCUCUCCCCUGAUCUUUCGCUGCUAGGGACCGCUAUACUCGCCAAGCUGCCUUGAUCUGGUCGGCAGUUGGAGGUUGUGUUCGUUGAGGAACAGGAACAGGAAACCCUUGUGUUUUACUAUGAAGGAAACUUCUCCCAUGCUACCUAGCAACAGGAACAGAAAUCAGCCUAGAGCUGUCAGACCUUGGCCGCUUGCAGGAAUGGAUUACCCAGAUACCAGACGCAAGCCUCAUAUUAUUGGGAAACUGAUUAUGGCUGUUAUACUGACAGCCUUCUGCAUACUGAUUCUGAAGCAAUCACCGGGUUUCAUGGCCACUAGUGUGUUUUCACAGCAUGAACCUGGAGUGACUCAUGUCUUAGUGACUGGUGGCGCCGGCUAUAUUGGUUCCCAUGCUGCACUUCGACUCUUAAAGGACUCAUACCGUGUUACAAUAGUGGAUAACCUCUCCAGAGGAAACCUUGGAGCUAUUAAGGUUCUCCAGCAACUAUUUCCAGAGCCCGGAAAACUUCAAUUUAUUUAUGCAGAUUUAGGAGAUGCAAGAGCUGUUAAUCGGAUCUUCGCUGAAAAUGCUUUUGAUGCCGUUAUGCAUUUUGCGGCUGUAGCUUAUGUUGGUGAAAGCACACUUGAACCGCUUAGGUACUAUCAUAAUAUCACUGCAAAUACUUUGGUGAUUCUUGAAGCUAUGGCAGCACAUGGCGUUAAAACUCUUAUUUACUCGAGUACUUGUGCUACUUAUGGAGAACCCGAGAAGAUGCCAAUUACAGAGCUAACUCCUCAGAAUCCUAUCAACCCAUAUGGGAAGGCUAAGAAAAUGGCAGAGGACAUUAUCCUAGAUUUUUCAAAGAAAUCGGACAUGGCAGUCAUGAUAUUGAGAUAUUUCAAUGUCAUUGGAUCUGAUCCAGAAGGAAGAUUAGGUGAAGCCCCUAGACCUGAACUAAGGGAACAUGGACGGAUUUCUGGUGCUUGCUUUGAUGCAGCUUUAGGCAUCAUACCCGGAUUAAAGGUUAAAGGAACAGACUACACAACCAGUGAUGGAACUUGUAUCAGAGACUAUAUUGAUGUUACUGAUCUCGUCGAUGCUCAUGUAAAAGCUCUUGACAAGGCGAUGCCUAACAAAGUUGGCAUAUACAAUGUUGGUACCGGAAAAGGUAGGUCUGUCAAAGAAUUUGUUGAGGCCUGCAAAAAAGCCACCGGGGUGAACAUCAAAGUUGAUUACCUCGAGCGCAGGCCAGGUGACUAUGCCGAAGUGUAUAGUGAUCCAUCUAAAAUCAAUCGUGAGCUGAAUUGGACGGCACACUACACCAAACUUGAGGAGAGCCUUUCAAUUUCUUGGAGGUGGCAGAAAUUGCAUCCGAGCGGCUAUAGUUCACAGUGAUUGUCAUUGACAAAAACCAGAUUGCCGGCGAUAUUUGUCCAAGUGUUGGUUACAGUCAUCACAUAAUUUGAAUAGAAGAGCGGCAACUUUGGAGGUUUUGAGACAUACAAGGCGUCUGCGGUAGGAAACUGAGAUAAUUUGUUGUUUCUUAACUUGGGGUUAGGUUGAAUUCAUCGAACAGAAUUACAGAACUGUGUUGUUUUUUUCAUCCCCAUUGGUUGUUUUCUCAUGUAUCAUUCAUAAUGUGAUAUAAUAUGAUGAUUAUUCCUUUUGCCUA